UCCCUCUUUCCUUCUCUUUCUCUCUCUUCUUACAACAUUACCGACACUCACAAUUAUACUCAAAUGGGGUCUCUCCCCAUCCCCUCUCUUUAUUAUGAUUAUUAUUAUUAUUAUUAUCAUUUAUUAUUUUUCAUUUUAUUAUUAUUAUUAUUAUUAUUGCUACCCCUUCAUUAAUUCCUCUUGUGGGAAACGCCCCAAAAAAGCCUCCUUCGCACACAUUAAUGCUCACUGGUUCGCAUUUACUUAUUUCCAAAACCCCUCCUUUCCCUUUCCCCAACCGUUUCUUUCUUUCUUAAUUUUGUAAAAAAAUCCUUUUUUUUUUCCUCUUUUUUAAUUUGUUUUACAGGGAUUUUUGGGUUUUUUUUUGGGGGGUGGGUGGUGGGAGAUUUGGGUGAUAUAGAGAGGGAUUAAAGAUGGGUUUUUUUAGCACUUUAUUGGGUUUCUUUGGAUUCGGCAUUGGGGUUUCUCUGGGGAUUGUUGUGGGUUAUUACCUCUUCAUCUACUUCCAACCCACUGAUGUAAAGGAUCCCGUUGUUAGGCCACUUGUUGAACUAGAUGAGAAAUCUUUGCAGCGUAUGCUUCCUGAAAUACCUUAUUGGGUGAAAAAUCCGGACGUUGAUAGAAUUGACUGGCUGAACAAGUUUAUUGAACAGAUGUGGCCUUAUCUUGAUAAGGCAAUCUGCAGAACUGCAAAGGAAAUUGCUAAGCCGAUUAUUGCUGAGAACACUGUGAAAUACAAAAUUGAAUCAGUUGAAUUUGAGACCUUAACAUUAGGUUCUUUGCCACCAACAUUUCAAGGAAUGAAGGUUUACAUCACAGAGGAGAAGGAGCUUAUCAUGGAACCGUCGAUCAAAUGGGCGGGAAAUCCUAACAUAACUGUUGCUGUCAAGGCAUUUGGGUUGAAAGCAACAGCACAGGUGGUAGAUUUGCAAGUCUUUGCUGUACCGCGCAUUACAUUGAAGCCGUUGGUUCCUAGCUUUCCUUGUUUUGCUAAUAUCUUUGUAUCUCUCAUGGAAAAGCCGCAUGUUGACUUUGGUCUAAAACUUCUGGGAGCAGAUGUCAUGUCGAUUCCUGGACUCUACAGAUUUGUUCAGGAGACUAUCAAGAAACAGGUAGCAAAUAUGUAUCUCUGGCCUAAGGUCCUAGAAGUGCCAAUUAUGGAUCCAACAAAAGCCCUGAAGAAGCCCGUGGGUAUUCUACAUGUCAAUGUUGUCCGAGGAUGUAAGCUGAAAAAGAAAGAUCUUAUGGGUAAAGCUGAUCCGUAUGUCAAAUUGAAGCUAACCGAUGAUAAGCUUCCGUCAAAGAAGACGACUGUAAAGCGCAACAAUCUUAAUCCCGAGUGGAACGAAGAGUUCAAGUUGGUAGUGAAAGACCCGGAAUCUCAAGUUGUGGAAUUCGAUGUUUUUGACUGGGAACAGGUUGGGAAGCAUGAUAAAAUGGGCAUGAAUGUUGUUCCAUUAAAAGAUCUAACUCCUGAUGAGACGAGAUCUUUUACGCUCGACUUGCUCAAAACUCUGGAUCCUAAUGAUCCACAGAAUGACAAGUCGCGCGGACAAUUAGUCGUAGAACUCACAUUCAAGCCGUUCAAGGAAGGUGAUAGCGAAAUUGAUACUAGUGAUGGUACUGACGUAAUCGAAAAGGCUCCUGAGGGUACACCAGCUGGUGGUGGUUUGCUUGUAGUUGCUGUUCAUGAAGCUCAAGAUCUCGAAGGAAAGCAUCAUACGAAUCCGUAUGUGAGAAUCCUUUUCAGAGGAGAGGAGAGAAAGACUAAGUGCAUUAAGAAAAACAGAGAUCCACGUUGGGAAGAGGAGUUCCAGUUCAUGUGCGAAGAGCCACCUACUAAUGAUAAGAUGCAUGUGGAAGUCCUUAGCAGGCCACCUAGUAUCGGCAUACACUCGAAGGAAACUCUGGGUUAUGUAGUCAUCAGCCUCGCAGACGUCGUCAGCAACAAGCGAAUCAACGAGAAAUACCAUCUGAUCGACUCCAAAAACGGGCGGAUUCAAAUCGAGUUGCAGUGGAGAACCUCUUAAGUGAGUAGUACUAGAUGAACAACUCAAGCUUCUUUCCUCUUUAAUAAAAUGAAUAGUUUUCUUGCUGUUUUCUCGCUUGUCAUGCACUGCCUCUGCAAUAAUUUGUAAGUUGUAUUCUUAUGUAUAUCUGACUAGAAGGUUUCUUUCUCUCUCCAAUCAUUUUUUUGUGCUCUUGUUCUCAGCAUUAUAAUGCAUGUAUGGAAGGAUCUUUUGACUAGUGCUCUUAAUUUCACUUGGUUGUCAUAAAUUGCAGAGUAUUAAUUUUCAA